CGAACUUUACUCUGUCUUUUUGUUUAUUUAUUUACUUCUUCUUCUUCUUCUCUCUUUCUCCUCUGCUACUACUCCCACCCAUCCCUCACUCACUCCCACUCCUCACGGCAUGAUCGCUAUUUUUAUUAUCUCUCUCUCUCUCUCUCCAACAUUAAUGGCACCUAGGGCUUCCCGUAUCUAAAACCACCCCCUUUUUCUCUCCGUCUCUCCCGGCGAACCCUCCGCCGCCGCCGCAGCCGAUUCUUACUGCUGUUUCAAUCUUUCUUUCUCUGCUUCUUUUGCAUUUUUUUUAAUCUAACAAAAGAAUUAAUGUCAGUUUAAUUGAAGAUCAAAGUGUUUCUUUUUUCAUGGGUGGUUUUUUUAUAUGUUUUUUUUGGAUUGUUGUUUUUGUAAGUUAUUGUUAGAUUUGGAAAACAAAAUAAUAAAAAUAAAAAUAGUUGUAAAGAAUAAAAGAAAAAGAAACUGAAGUAACAGUUGAAAUAGGAAAGUGGGUAUAUAUUUGUUGAUUUUGUUUUGUUUCUUCUUGCUUUGGUCCAAAACAAAGAAACGCAUUCUCUGUCUUUUUCCCAUUCUCUUUCUCUUUCAGUGUUGUUGGGUUUCUUUCUAAGAACUACUUGCACCUUCAAUCAUUUCUUUAAAUUUUCUUUAUUUUUUUUUUAAAUUUUCUCUGUGCUAGUGCUGCUUCACUGCUUCACCCUUUUGCUUGUACGGACCCAAACUUUUUUUUUUUUCUCUCUUUAUCUAUCCCAAAAUUUGAACGCCCACCAAAAAAAAUAAAAUCUAAUUGUUGGUUCUAACCUCCGUGAAAGGUUCCUUCUUUCUAUUUCUUGUUGCCAUUCUUUCUUUAUACAUCAAGAGUUUGUUGUUACCAUCAUGGGUGGCUUCGCCCUUUUGUGCUAUGUCACUGAAAAUACUUAUUUGAAUCUUUCCCUGGAGGCCUUGAGCUUCUAAUAGCAGUUUCAUUUGUUUGAAAAUUUGAAAAUGAAUUUUAAAAUGUUCAAAUUUUGCAUUUUUCUUCUUUUGGUUCCCUUUUUUGUACAUUCCUCAGACCCUACAUUCAAUGAUGAUGUUCUUGGGUUAAUAGUCUUCAAGGCUGGUCUUCAAGACCCAGAGUCUAAACUUACUUCAUGGAAUGAAGAUUCUGAGAAUCCCUGCAACUGGGUUGGUGUCAAAUGUGACCCUAAAACCCAGAGAGUUACUGAGCUUGCCCUUGAUGGCUUCUUUCUUUCUGGCCACAUUGGCCGUGGCCUUAUACGCCUUCAGUUUCUUCAGAUUCUUUCUUUGUCAAACAACAAUUUCACUGGUACCAUAAACCCUGAUCUUUCUCAGCUCGGGGGUUUACAAGUUAUUGACUUGAGUCGGAACAAACUCUCAGGGUUUAUCCCUGAUGAGUUUUUUAAGCAAUGUGGAUCCUUGAGAUCAGUUUCAUUUGCUAAAAACAAUCUCUCAGGGCAGAUUCCUGAAUCUUUGAGCUGGUGCCCUUCUCUGGCAGCAGUUAAUUUCUCAUCUAAUCAGCUUUCUGGUGAAUUACCAUCUGGAUUAUGGUUUUUGAGGGGACUUCAGUCUCUUGAUUUGUCGGAUAAUUUGCUGGACGGACAGAUUCCUGGAGGGAUUGCUAAUGUGUAUGAUUUGAGAGCCAUUCAUCUGCAAAAGAAUAGGUUUUCUGGACAGCUUCCAGUGGAUAUUGGAGGCUGUGUGCUUCUGAAAAUGCUCGAUUUUAGUGAGAAUUCUUUGUCUGGCAGCCUUCCUGAGUCAUUACAGAGACUUGGUUCUUGCACUACACUUAGAUUGCGAGGCAAUUCAUUUGCGGGAGAAAUUCCUGGUUGGAUUGGGGAGUUACCUACUCUUGAGAGUCUGGAUCUUUCUGCCAAUAAAUUUUCUGGUCGGAUUCCAACUUCAAUAGGGAAUCUUAAUACAUUAAAGGAAUUGAAUCUUUCGAUGAACCAUCUUAUAGGAGGGUUACCAGAGUCGAUGGAAAAUUGUGCUAACCUUUUGGUUCUAGAUAUUAGCCAGAAUCGAUUAUCUGGUACUCUUCCUACAUGGAUUUUCAAAAUGGGCUUGCAUAGUAUCUCAAUUUCUGGGAACAGACUGGGUUGGAGUAUGCACUAUCCUUCAGUUGCCUCAUUGGCAUCCUCUCUACAAGGUCUUAAGGUCCUGGACCUAUCUUCCAAUGCCUUAUCCGGUGAAAUUCCAGCUGAUAUUGGUGUUAUUAGCAGCUUGUUGCUCUUCAAUAUAUCGAGGAACCGACUCUUUGGUUCUAUCCCAUCAAGCAUAGGAGAAUUAAAAAUGAUACAAGUUCUUGAUUUCAGUAAUAAUAAGCUGAAUGGAAGAAUUCCUUCUGAAAUUGGGGGAGCAGCUUCACUAGUGGAGCUGAGAUUGGAAAAGAACAGCCUAACUGGAAACAUACCAACUCAAAUAAAAAACUGCUCAUCUCUAACAUCUCUAAUUCUAUCUCAUAACAACCUCACUGGUCCGGUCCCUGCAGCCAUUGCAAACCUAAGCAACCUGGAAUAUGUGGACUUAUCCUUUAAUAAUCUCUCUGGAAGCUUACCGAAGGAGCUGACAAAUCUUUCUCGCCUUGUAUCCUUCAACAUUUCUCACAACAACCUACAUGGUGAGCUACCACUAGGGGGUUUCUUCAACACCAUUUCUCCUUCAUCUGUCUCUGUUAAUCCAUCCCUAUGUGGUUCUGUUGUCAAUCGCUCCUGUCCUUCUGUCCAUCCAAAGCCCAUUGUUCUAAACCCUAACUCUUCUACCUCUGCCCAUGGAUCCUCUUUAAAUAGCAAUCACCGGAAAAUUGCACUUAGCAUCUCUGCCCUCAUUGCUAUUGGUGCAGCUGCUUUCAUUGCCCUUGGCGUGAUAGCUAUAUCUCUUCUCAACAUCCAUGUGCGAUCCUCUAUGAUGCAAACUCCUGUCGCGUUCACCUUAUCAGGGGGGGAAGACUUUAGUUGUUCCCCAACCAAUGAUCCAAACUAUGGCAAGCUUGUCAUGUUUUCUGGUGAUGCUGAUUUUGUUGCUGGUGCCCAUGCAUUACUCAACAAGGACUGUGAACUUGGUCGUGGUGGGUUUGGAGUUGUUUACAGAACAAUACUUCGAGAUGGUCGUUCAGUUGCCAUAAAGAAGCUCACAGUUUCAAGUUUGAUAAAGUCCCAAGAAGAAUUUGAGAGGGAAGUAAAAAGACUUGGACAGAUCAGGCACCAUAAUCUGGUGGCACUGGAAGGUUAUUACUGGACUCCAUCAUUGCAACUCCUUAUUUAUGAAUACAUAUCGAGUGGUUGUUUGUAUAAGCAUCUGCAUGAUGGCCCAAACAUAAACUGCCUAUCCUGGCGACGAAGAUUUAACAUUAUUCUGGGGAUGGCAAAAGGUCUGUCCCAUUUGCAUCAAAUGAAUGUAAUUCACUAUAAUCUUAAAUCAACCAAUAUUUUGCUAGAUGACUCUGGUGAGCCAAAGGUGGGAGACUUUGGCCUGGCAAGGCUGUUGCCAAUGCUAGACCGUUGCAUUCUAAGCAGCAAAAUCCAGAGUGCAUUGGGCUACAUGGCUCCUGAGUUUGCUUGCCGUACUGUGAAGAUAACUGAGAAAUGUGAUGUUUAUGGAUUUGGGAUCUUAGUUUUGGAGGUGGUGACAGGAAAGAGACCAGUAGAGUACAUGGAGGAUGAUGUGGUGGUGCUGUGUGACAUGGUGAGGGGAGCUCUAGAAAAUGGCAGGGUGGAGGAAUGUGUAGAUGGAAGGCUUCUAGGAAAUUUUCCAGCAGAUGAGGCAAUUCCUGUGAUAAAACUUGGUUUAAUAUGUGCAUCUCAAGUGCCAUCGAAUAGGCCAGACAUGGAGGAAGUGGUCAAUAUUUUAGAGUUGAUUCAGUGUCCUGCAGAGGGACAGGAGGAAUUGGAAUGAGUUGAACCUGUAGAGUUCACGAAAGAUACAAAAACAUAUAUAUGUUCUCUGGUGAAGAAGAAUCCGGUUUGUUUGUUCAAAAGCAGAAAAGAAGAUAAUGCUCCUUCCAUUUUUUUUUUCCCAUUUCAAAUACUUAAUGUUGUAAUUUUGUUUGUAUCAUUUUUCUUGUAUUCCCUUACCCUCAAUUUCAUUUUAUCACUGUUUCUGUUACCGGAUUCUUUUUCACCGGCUGGAUACGAGGCACUUCAAGUAUCAUGUCAAUGAUAUUUCUCACUUAUAUACCAUAAUAUACUUGACUGAAUCUGUCUUUUGUUUUGUUA